AUGAUACACUGUGUGUGAUACUCUGCCAGUGAAACACGUGUGUGCGAGGUUUAAACACACAGCGCCGGACAUGGCGGCCCCAGCGACCUACCCUCGGACGCUUGAAGACCGAUUUGCCCCCGACCCUUUGCCAUCAACACCCAGCUGGAGAAUUCAACAGCACUACCAGAACAAGGUGCUGGUCGGCAACUGGGCGGAGGAAAGGUUAAAGUUUAUCAAGGGGACGUGCCUUGGGAUCACCACACACCAAGCCGACUACAAGCCGUACCCGUUUGUCUCACCGGACUUCAGAGAGAAGGUUUUGAUAGAGCAAAAACACAAGGGUGUACCUUUUUCAGUAUUAUUUUCUCAUCACGACAUUCCACACUCUUGGUAUCUUGUAAGUCAUUACGACGAAGUUAUCAAUAAACGUCCAAACCCAUGUUUGCCUCCCCUUCGUAAAUGGGAUAGGAGAAAGCUGAGUUGGCUCCCAGAACCAACAGAUCGCCCACUAAUAGCUCCACCCACUAACUUCGGCCUGUUGGAAGAGAAGAUAGCAAAACUGAAUAAAUGGAGGCAGCACAAUUCCUCCAUGUACCAGAGUGUCUACAGCCUCUCCUACAGACCUCAUUCUGUCACUCCGCAGAAUAAAUAAUCAAUCAUGAUGCUCAUUGCAAAGACUUGCUCCAAUUAAGCAGCUUGGAACGAUGACUGAAUUCAGCCAUUACACAACCACACCUAAAAACAUGGAGACGUUGUAUUAGAUGGUCCUUGGCCAUAACAGCACCCAUACCAUAGAACCAUAGAACAUUACAGCACAGAAACAGGCCUUUUGGCCCUUCUUGGCUGUGCCGAACCAUUUUUCUGUCUAGCCCCACUGGCCUGUACCUGGGCCAUAUUCCUCCACCUGCAAAGCUAACAAUAUCAUGAAUGACCCCACGCACCCCUCACACAAACUCUUCUCCAUCUGGCAAAAAGUACUGAAGCAUUUGGGCUCUCAGAGUCUAGACUGACAUAUACAUAAUUUACUAUUCUACAGGUAGUCCCUGAGUUACGAACGUCCGACUUAUGGACAACUUGUACUUACAAACCGAGGAAGAUAUGCCAAUCUUAAGUCAGAUCGCAACGCCAUCCGCCAUUUUAAGUCGGAUCAUGAUGCUGUCCGCCAUUUUAAGUUGCUGCCGUUGACGCUGUGUUGAGUCUGUAACUUUGUAUUUGGCUUACAUUUUUCUUAGCAAGAUUCACCCUGACCCCAUCCCCCCCCGUUCUGGUCGGCUGGUGGCGCAGUGAGAUCAGCGCCGGGCUUGAGAACGGAGGUUCCCGAGUUUGAUCCAGUGGCAGACCGCUCCCAUGCCAGGUUGAUGUCGAGGUCGAGUUACGAGCUCCACAUCAACCCGGCACGGAUGGUACGGGAGUCACUGGAAAAAAAAGCACUGCCACUUCCAGUUUAAAUUCCCACUCGGAAUAUUGUGGAGGAUCAAAUACCCAAACCCAGCACAGCCCCCACUUGUCCCAUUUAACCUGGCUCAGUGCGGUGGACUUUAGGACCCAGGGAAUUCAGUGCGGUGGUCCUUAGGAUCCAGCGGACCUCGGGAGCCAGCGCAGCUCGGGACCCGCCGCCUGCAGGGUUUCUGUUCCAUUGACGGGGAGCGAUUGCGAUUGAAAAUAAAGUGGAAAUAAUAAAGCGUUUGGAAAGAGGUGAAACGCCAUUGGUCAUUGGAAAAGCAUUAGGCUACAGUCGGUCAAUGAUCGGAACAAUUUUAAAGGAUAAUGGAUUGAUAAAGUGAGAAUAAUGGAGCAUGUGAAAGGCCCUGCCCCGAUGAAAGCUACAAUUAUUACUAAGCAACGCAGUGGUUUAAUUAUUGGAAUACAUACAUUUCUUAAAUGUUUUAUAUGCAUAGAAAGGUAAAAUAUGUACUAUAUUCUAAGACAAACAUUUGACUAACUGACGCUAAAUAAUACCGGAUGUACUUGUUCCGACUUAUGUACAAAUCCGACUUAAAGACGGGCUCAGGAAUGGAACUCGUAAGUAACCGGGGGACUGCCUGUAUUGUAGUUUGUCCUCUACUGUGCCUAUUGCCUUGUUUAUUAAUUAUUGUACUGCCCUGCACUGUUUUAUGCACUUUAUGCAGUCCUGUGCAAGUCUAGUGCAGUUUUCAUGUUGUUUUACGCAGUCUAGUGUAGCCUUGUGCUGUCUGACAUAGUCUAGUUUUGUGUUGCUUCAUGUAGCACCAGGGUCCUGGAGGAACGUCGUUUCAUUUUUACUGUGUA